AUGUCCACUCACACCUAUAAAAAAUUUGAGAGCUCCGAGUCAGGGGAUCUUCCUGACAAGAUGACAAUUUAUCAGAGUUGUAUGAGUGAAUUCAAUGAGUCACAAAUUAAUGCAAAAAAAUGUCGUUUAUUAAUUGCUAGAUUAUUGAGGCUGUUAGCUAAUGGGGAGACUUUCCCAGAGACCGAAGCAACAGCUCUUUUCUUUUCGAUUUCAAAAUUGUUUCAACAUCCAAAUGAUUCAUUAAGACAAGCUGUUUAUUUAGCUAUUAAAGAGUUAAGUGGCAUUUCGGAAGAUGUUUUAAUGGCAACUUCAUCAAUUAUGAAAGAUGUACAAAAUGGCUCCGAUUUGGUCAAGCCAGAUGCAAUUCGUUCAUUGACUGCGGUUCUGGAUGAAUCUACUGCGUUUUCUGCUGAAAGAUUAUUGAAAAGUGCUUUAGUCAAUAAACAUCCAUCGAUUUCUUCUGCAGCGCUUUGUACCUCUUAUCAUCUUUUACCGAUUGCAGAAACUACGGUGAAGAGAUUUGCAAAUGAAACUCAAGAGGCCGUUGUGGAUUUGAAACCCUUUCCACAUAAAAAUAUUGUUGGUGAUUACUAUCCAAACUCAACAUUUAUUACACAAUAUCAUGCUCUUGGCUUGCUUUAUCAAUUGAAAAAGAAUGAUAAAAUGGCGUUAUUAAAAAUGAUCAGACAGUUUUCUGAUAAUAACAUGUUAAAAAAUCAAUUAGCAAAAGUUGAAUUGGUUAAAUUGGUUAAUGAAGUAACAACAAAGGAUCCACAAUUAUUCAUUGAUUUUCAACCAUUAUUAAAUGAUUGGUUAUCAAAUAAAUUUGAGUCUGUUCAAUUAGAGACUGCAAAGUUAAUCACAAAUUUUGCCACUCGUAAUUCUCGUUUAAUUUCAUCAGAGCUCUUUGCUGCAGCUAUAACAACCCUACAAUCUCUUUUGACAGUUCCGCGUACUUCACCAAAAUUUGCUGCUUUGAGAAUUUUAAACAGAAUUUCAAUGGUGUCUCCGGAAAAAAUUGUUGUUUGUAAUCCAGAAUUGGAAUCAUUGAUAAAUGACUCCAAUAGAAAUAUUUCGACGUAUGCGAUUACGACAUUACUUAAAACAGGUACAGCAAAAAAUAUUUCUUCUUUGAUUUCGACAAUUACUAAAUUUAUUCAUGAUGUUUCAGAUGACUUUAAAAUAAUUAUUAUUGAUGCCAUCCGUUCUUUGUCAUUAAAUUUUCCAAAUGAAUGGAAAUCUAUCGUUAAUUUUUUGAUCGAUGUUUUGAAAAAUGGUGAAGGAGGGUUCAAAUUCAAAAACAAUGUUGUGGAGGCAUUAAUCGAUAUCGUAUCAUUUGUACCACAAGCAAAAGAGACUGCAUUAGAGAAUCUCUGUGAUUUUAUUGAAGACUGUGAAUUUAACGAAAUAUUGGUUAGAAUUUUACAUUUACUUGGUAAGGAAGGUCCAUCAACUUCUACGCCAUCGCUUUAUGUCAGACAUAUUUACAAUAGAGUUGUACUGGAAAACUCAAUUAUUAGGUCGGCAGCUGUUAUUUCAUUAUCCAAAUUUGCACUGUCAAAAAAUGAUUCUACUUUGACUGAAUCAAUUAUUAGUCUAUUGAAAAGAAUCGCAAACGAUCAAGAUGAUGAAGUUAGGGAUAGAGCAACCAUUUCCUUGAAAUUUAUCGAUUCAGCAAGAAAAUCAAAUAAUCAAGAAGCUCAAGUAUUCAUUGAAUCCAAAUAUAGUUAUGACCUUUCAGCGUUAGAAUCAAAAUUGGCAACAUAUAUCUCCUCAGACAAGGAUUCUUUCAGUACUCCAUUUGAUGUUAAAGCAAUUCGUAGAUUUACGGAAGAUGAAGCAAAAGCAAUGGAAUUGAGGAGGAAGCAAGAUCAAUUUUUGAAGGGUAACUUGGAAAAUGGAAGAGAGUCAACUCCAGGUUUCACUGAAGAAAGUGCGAUCGCUGAUUCUAAUGAAAAUAGUAAUUUCUCUGGUCCUAGCUUGGAUGAUCAUGAGCAAGAUUUAUUGUCGACUAAAUAUGUCGAUGAACUAAUGUCUAUUGAUCAAAUCAAGAAAUUUGGAUCACUAGUAAAUAGUUCUAAAGCAGUUGCUUUGACUGACCCUGAGGCAGAAUUUAUUGUUCGCGGUGUUAAACACUUAUUCAAGGAGAAUGUUGUCUUCCAAUUUAACAUUACUAAUACUUUAACGGACACAGCAUUAGACAACGUUACAUUGACAUGUACUCCAGAAAAUCCAGAUGAGUCUCAACUAGAAGAAUUAUUCACCAUACCCAUCGUUAGACUCUUACCUUCAGAAGAAGGUGCUUGUUACGUUGCCUUCUCCAAGUCGGAGGAAAUUGUCAUGGAAAAUUUCUUAAAUACUCUGACGUUUACCACAAGAGAACUAAAUCAAGAAACAAACGAACCAUUUGAAGGCGACGAAGGCUUCCAAGAUGAAUAUGACAUUGAUUCAAUAUUUUUAAAUGCCGGUGAUUAUAUUAAAUCAUCCUUUGUUGGUGAUUUCUCGUCCACCUUUGACGAAUUACCAAACGAAGAAGUAGCUGUUUACAAUGUUAAAGAAAAUAUAUCAUUGCAAGAAAUUGUUGAUAGACUGAUCGUAAACACGAGCUGUUUGCCGUUAGAGAGUACACAAUAUGCGUCCAGUGACUCUAACUCACACACUUUGAAAUUAUUUGGUAAAAGUGCAUUGAAGGGAUCAAAGAUUGCUGUUAUUGUGCAAUUAAUUAAGACAUCAAAGGGAAUCGCCAUGAAAGCUCAAGGAAGGGCGGAAGAUGUAACUUUGUGUGCUGACCUGGUCAAUGGUUUAAUGUGA